AUGGGAAGUAACUACAACAGUAGUCAUUGUGUGUUCUCUUCCUUUUUUCCAUUUCUUGAGUUUUUCAUUUGUGACAAUGGCAAUAAAUCACUCAGAUUUCUUCUUUGUCUUCUCACCUUCAAAACAGGGUUCAGUGCUGAGAUUUCUGUAGUUGUACAAACAGGAAAUUCUGUUCAGCUGGAUAUACAGGCACAAGAACUACCAGAGUUUGAUGACUUAUCCUGGAAAUAUGAUCAAACUAAGUAUAUAGUUAAAUAUUUGAAUAAGUCUAAAGAAGUAAAACUUUACCCUUCCUACAAGGACAGAGUGGAAUUCAAUAAUAAAACCUUCUCUCUAACACUGAAGAACAUGCAGAAGACAGACAGUGGACUCUACAGAGCAAUAACAGCUGCAGAAUCAGACAACAAUAUUGUUACAUACAGAGUAUCUGUUAUAGACACUGUGGAGGCUCCUGUCCUGACUGUGAACUUAAACUGGAUCAGUGGUUCAAACUGUCCUGUGAACUUCACAUGCAGGGCUCAUGAGCUCAUGAUUAAUUCCAGCUAUCAGAACAACAGAUGCUCUAAAGAGGAAGUGACACAUGAGAUCAACACACUCAUCCUGGACUGCAGUGAGGAAUCCAUCAUCUGUAACCACAGCAACCCUGUCAGCUGGAAAGAAGACAGAAUAAACAUCUUACAGCUCUGUGAUCAUGAAGGUGCCCAGGAGGAGGUAGCUGAAGGUAGUACAGUCUAUGUUCAAGUUGAGGGUUGGAAUCAAACUCUACAGGGCUGUGGCCCACAGGAACUGAGUUUGAAACCCCUGGUCUAUACAAAAGGCAUAAGCAAGCACAUUAUUGAACUUAACUAA